GGAGGAGAGGGUGGCAGAGGAGGCUAGUAGGGUGGGCAGGAUCGGUGCUGGUGACAGGCUGAGGAGGGGAACACGUGGAGACAGUAUUAGGGACAGGUGGGGGAGGAGUGGUGCCCGGGGCCCCAUUUAGGGUCAUACAGCGCCGUCUGAAGGGAUUUGCCCGGAGCUGUGUGCCCCCCCUUCAGCUUUCAGCACCAGGACAGCGCCGGGUUGUCACGUGGUCGCAGCCGGUCAGAGGUGACAGGUAGUGCCGCCAGGGCGGGAUGUCGGUGGUGAAGCGGAGGCAGUCGGGCUCCCCGGGGGCGGAGGAGGAGGCCGGGGAGAAGAUGCUCCAAGAGAACGGCGGGGGCGGGGCUCCAGAGGCGGUGGAGCUGCAGCGGAACAUCACCCUGGUGAACGGGGUGGCCAUCAUCGUGGGGACCAUCAUCGGCUCCGGGAUCUUCGUCACCCCCACCGGGGUCCUCCGGGAGGCGGGCUCCCCUGGGCUCUCCCUCAUCGUGUGGGCAGUGUGCGGUCUGUUCUCCAUAGUGGGGGCCCUGUGCUAUGCGGAGCUGGGGACCACCAUCUCCAAAUCCGGGGGGGACUACGCCUAUGUGCUGGAGGUGUACGGGCCCCUGCCGGCCUUCCUCAAACUCUGGGUGGAGCUGCUGAUUAUCCGACCCUCGUCCCAGUACAUUGUGGCCCUGGUCUUUGCCACCUACCUGCUCAAACCCGUCUUCCCCAGCUGCCCUGUGCCCGACGACGCCGCCAAGCUAGUGGCCUGCCUGUGUAUCUUGCUGCUGACCGCGAUCAACUGCUACAGUGUUAAAGCGGCGACGCGUGUCCAGGACGCAUUUGCUGCGGCGAAGCUGUUGGCCCUGUUUCUGAUCAUCAUCCUGGGCUUCGUACAGCUGGGCAGAGGAGACAUCACCAGUCUGAGUCUUGAACACUCCUUCGAUAACACCAGUAAUGAUGUCGGCAAAUGGGUCUUGGCGUUAUACAGUGGGCUGUUUGCAUACGGCGGAUGGAAUUACUUGAACUUCGUCACUGAAGAAAUGAUAGAACCUUACAAAAACCUACCUCGUGCCAUCAUUAUCUCUAUGCCCAUCGUGACCUUGGUGUACGUCCUCACUAACCUGGCUUACUUCACCACACUUUCACCGGAGCAGAUGCUGACCUCUGAGGCCGUGGCCGUGGAUUUUGGAAAUUACCACUUAGGUGUUAUGGCCUGGAUCAUCCCCGUUUUUGUUGGGCUCUCCUGUUUUGGAUCCGUCAAUGGGUCUCUCUUUACCUCUUCCAGAUUGUUCUUCGUAGGAGCCAGAGAAGGUCACCUACCAUCUCUCCUGGCGAUGAUUCAUCCACAACUGCUGACUCCUAUGCCAUCUCUCAUCUUCACAUGCGCUAUGACGCUCCUCUACGCCUUCUCAAACGACAUUUUCUCCGUCAUCAAUUUCUUCAGCUUCUUCAAUUGGCUGUGCGUGGCUUUGGCGAUCAUUGGCAUGAUGUGGCUCCGGUACAAGAAACCCGAACUGGAGAGACCAAUCAAGGUUAAUGUGUCUCUCCCGAUCUUCUUCAUCUUGGCCUGUGUAUUCCUGAUCGUUGUGUCAUUCUAUAUGACGCCGGUGGAAUGUGGGAUCGGCUUCAUCAUCAUCUUAUCGGGGGUCCCUGUGUACUAUUUUGGAGUCUGGUGGCAGGAUAAGCCGGCGUGGAUCCAGCAGGGUAUAUAUUCCAGCACUGUUGCAUUUCAGAAGGUAUUGGCGGUCGUACCUCAGGAGUCCUAAGCUGCGGCCCGCGCCCUGUCUCCACCAACACGCACAAGAAGAACGGUAUUUUGUAACGCAAUCGAGAAUUUUCACACAAAUUCUUUUUCAUUCUUAACUCCCACCCGAGAGGGCACAUUUUUCACAUGCAGUGGUCCAAACACGGACCGUUCCACCACGUGGCCUGUGCGGGCAAGUUCUUCAUUUGACCAACAAGUGACUCCAGCACCCAGCCCCUGACCGCACCAUGGCCGGGUGGCGAGGUGCGUUUUUUGUAUCUCCGACGUUUUUUCUCUUGUUACUCAGAAUCCAGUUACCUCAUUUGGAAAAAAAUAAGGCUACAGAGAAAAAACACAGCUUUUUCCCCGGACGGCGCCUGAGACGCAGACCGACCAAUCCCAUCACGGCUACUGCAGGAACAGUCUAUGAAAAAAAAAAAAAACACUGGACGCCGCGACCA